AUGGUUCAGCAGAUCCCACUAAAUAUCAAAUUCAAAACAUGUUUAAAGAUGUGCAUUCAAAGGCUAAGAUAUGCACAGGAGAAACAACAGGCACUGGCGAAACAAGAUCGUAGAGAGGUGGCACAAUUGCUUUCAAAUGGAAAGGAACAGAAGGCUCAAUAUCGUGUCGAGGGUUUAAUCAACGAUGAUAUCCAUCUAGAAUUACUAGAGAUUAUGGAAUUAUAUUGUGAACUUCUACAUGCAAGAGUAAACAUUCUAAGUGGUAUUGAAAACGAGGCGGCUCUCAUUGCCAACCACAUGGAUGAUGGCAUUAAUGAAGCCUGUAGAUCAAUUGUUUACACAACUCUUUACAUUCCUGAGGCUAAAGAAUUAACUCAAGUUAAAGAUCUUCUAACCUAUAAAUUUGGACCAGAAUUUACCAAAGUAAUAAUAGAGGAUCAAAUUGGGGUACCUGAAAAAAUUCUCAAAAAGUGUUCACCAAAAUUGCCCGGUCAAGAUUUGGUUGUAAUGUAUAUGAAAGAAAUUGCCAGGACUUAUGAUGUUCCAUAUAGUCAAUUAAGCGAUGAUGAAGAAGAGGAAGAGCAUGAAAAAGGACAAGAUGGACAGGAUGAACAAGAUGAUGAUGGUAGACCAAUAGUGGCGGUAGACAACGAUGAUGAACAUACGGAGGAUGCAGCCCAUCCAAUAACUAUUAGAAAACCAAGACAAAAUAGUGAGAAUUUGGAAAAAGGGUUCAAGAUUCCCAAUGAUAUUAAGAAAGACGUUAAAGUGAUACGCAAGAAGGAGACUAAUGAUGAUGAUUUGGAACAGUUGAAAAAAAGAUUUGCAGCCCUGCGCAGGUAA